AUACCUGUGGUAGUGUAGUCUGGGUCGAACUAGUAAGUUCUUUACACACGCAAAAAAAAACUUAUGAAUUUGAGAAGAAAAAGUCUUCCAAUGUAUUUUGAAAUCCGUAUGUCUUCUGCGUCUAGAAAAGCUGGAUUUAGGAUCUACGUCUUACUUAGCAUUUAAUUUACUCAAGAAGGGAACAAAUUGGACAUGAACGGCAGCAGCAUCCAUCUUAUGGACACGUCACAUUUAUAACUCAACUAUAAAUCAAACCAACCACCAUAACAAACGAGACUUGAAUUUAUGUUUUAAUUACCCAGUGAUACAGCGAGAUUAUCAUUCCCUGUGGUGAUUUUGGAGCUUUACAAAUCAAGGUGGCAUCAUAGUUCAUGUUUAGUUCGACAUGAACUGGGCUUUCUUGAUCAGGAGUUUAUGCAGGAUUCGGUCCUUCAAGAAGACCGUUAUUUUUACUGUCGUAGUCUUGAUUCAAAUCUGGCUUGCAUUACCUGUUUUAUUCCGUCAAACUAAUAAUCGAUGGCCUGAGACGUUCGAGGUAGCUCUGCCAGAUAAUUUUGAACCUCCAUUUUUACCCAUUGUAGUUUUUAGUUCCUAUAGACCUCGGUAUUUAGAAAAGACCUUGAAGUCUAUGGCUUCCUCUGGAAAUGUCCAACCAACUUCCCCUUGUCUCUUUAUUUUACAUCAAACUAAACAUUCUACAAUGGAUGAGAUCAAUGAGACUUAUAAAGUACUAGCAAAAAUAACCUUUUGUCGGAAGCUUGUGUGGACGUUUGGCAAUGACAAGGAGGAAAGGAAUCCACAUGUUUUAAAGGCACAUUGGUGGAGAGUUAUGACUAAAGUUUUUGAAGAAAAAGACACUUUUCAACUCAAAAGUAACGAGACAUAUAAAGGUGAUGUUUUCUUCAUUGAAGAUGAUGCUAUUUUAUCUCCUGACUUCAUGGAAGUGAUGUGGUAUGCUUUAAAAGUGAAAAACACUGUCCCAGAGACACUAUUUAGUACCUUACAGGGAAUGGGUAGUGAAAACCUGGUUGAACAUCAACCAGACACCUUUGUUGUCAGUCAAGUACCUGUGGUUGAGAGUGUAUGCUAUGCAUUCAAUGUAACAACGUGGAACUAUAUUAAAACUAUUGAGAAGGAAGCAUCUGCAUAUACUGAAGAAGACUGGCCAAUGAAACUAGGACUGUUGUUAUUUUAUGACCGCAAUGAGACUGUUCAAAUUGUCGCUCCAACGAUCAGCCGUAUUUGGCAUGUCGGAGCAAGUAACUCAAUCUCAAAAGAUAAUGACGAGUUUGAUCAUUUUAGUUCUGACCACCUACCACCAUGGAAAAAGGCCAGAGAGAAAAGAUUUUUAAACCGACACAAAGCAAGAGUUUUACCAGGAAUACGAGACAUGUAUGGGAGGCUCUGCCAUCCAUGUGAGCUGGAGUCGAGACCAAACAAGUUCCCAAGCAGGAAUCUUAAAUGUCGAUGUUUUUGUCCUUUGAGUAAUUUCAAGAAGUACUGGAACUGGCAGAUUGCAGGAUUUGUGGCUGCAACCAAACGAAUGGUACACUGCCAGUUGGUGUCACACCUAAUGAGCAUGACGAUGUUCAUUAUGGUAGGGAUAGUAGUCUUUGGAUAUCUUAUGGUCUCCCAUUAAUAUAAAGCUCAAUCAAAAAGAUUUUCAAUUACAUAUCACGAUUGCCCUAUUUCACUAUGAUGUCACUGCUUGUUUAUGAGGGGGAUAGAAUCGCCAAAUCCAAUAGAAAAUUCAACAAAAUUUUUUCUCCUAG